GCUCCCUGGAUAAAUACCAUAGAGCCCUCUACCGAACGAACCCCAGCCGGAACUUUUACCCAACCCUCCUCCUCUCCGGACUCCGGCCAGCCGCCCUCGCCCUUCCCUCGCCGUCCUGCUCCUCCGCCUCCUCCGCAGGGCCUUGUUAAGUGAAGAAUCUUCAUUCAUUUUUGGGUGACAUGGGUAUGGAACACUGGAUGAGUGCUUUGAAUCCUCCAUCAGGUCUCGGGCGACACGGGGAUGGAACAAUGGAGGAAACGAAAGAGCUGCAAAAGCAGACGGGAGAAACAACUAUGGAAGCACACCAAAGCACAGAGAGCAGGGAUGUAGCGAUCAGAUGUCCAAUACCAUGCAAAAGCAGAAGGCCAUACAUGGAAUAUGAUUUGAGAAAUGCACAAGAUCUCUCUGAUCUCAUUGUGAGUAAGGCUUCUCCUCCAUACUUUAUGGGAUCUCCGCCAGUUCGUGCAACCAAUCCUAUUGUCCAUGAUAAACAAUUCCGUGCAUGGAAGGUACAGAGCAUAGAUCAGUCACUAGGCGUUCCUAUACCAACCAAGGGUUACAGUGUUGGUUACCGUGCGAACGAAGGAUCACCCUACAAGCCUUGAAGCUACAUUUAUCAGUUUCAUGGCCACUUGGAGACCCACCGCGAAGUUGUAGUUGUAACUCUAGUUCUCAAGUCCAAACUGUACAUAUGAGUCAUCAACCUUAGAACCUGUUGUUUCCGAGGUUUUUUUGUUCCAUGUCAUUGCAGAGUUCUGUAUAUAUCUCUGUUAAAUUUUGUCGGCGGUGAGGCUAGUUUUGGCAAAUAAUGUUGUCAAACUCUGUUGUUGAGAAAUAAGGUACCUGAAUGAAAAUCACUGUGGUUCCUUAGUUUCUAAUUGCCUGUCAAACUGUGCUAGAUGUAUUAUUGGAAUUUUGUUUUGCCU